GGGCCCGGGGCCAGCAUGGCCGAGCCUCUGCUCAGGAAGACCUUCUCCCGCCUGCGGGGCCGCGAGAAGCUCGCCCGGAAAAAGUCCGACGCCAAAGAGCGCGGCCGCCCAGCCCAGCACAUAGAGCCCACUCCCCCAGAGCCGGAGCCGCAGGCCUUGCAAGUGUCCCAGGCCGGAGCGGAGGGGCCCCCCAGUCCUGAGGCUCCCCGGAGCCCCGCACGAGGCGCCUACCUGCAAACCCUGGAGCCCAGCAGCCGCCGGUGGGUGCUAGGUGGGGCCAAACCGCCGGAAGAGGCGGCUUUGGGGCCCGGAACACCUGGCAGUGGAGAGCCUGCUGGUGAGAUCUGGUACAAUCCCAUCCCGGAGGAAGACCCCAGAACCCCAGCGCCUGAACCCUUGGGAUCACAGCCAGCCUCCCCUGAGCCAGAAGGCCCGAACCUCCAAGGUGCAGCUUCGGGCAGCCCCCCAACCAAGACCUCCCGCGCCAAGUCCCCUGGCCCGGCCAGGCGUCUGUCCCUGAAAAUGAAGAAACUGCCCGUCCUGCGGCGUCGCCUGAGCCUACGAGGCUCCCGCACGGGCCGGGAUCGAGACCGCGAGCGGGACGGGGCCGCCCCGGCGGGCUCGGUCAUCAGCCGGUACCACCUGGACAGCAGCGUGGGGACCCCGGGCAGGGCUUCGGUGGCCGGAGGCGCACGGAGCCCAAGGGCUGGCUACCUCAGCGACGGUGAUUCGCCCGAACGGUCCACGGGACCACCAUCGCCCACCGCCUUCCAGCCCUAUGAGGUGGGCCUCGCUGCCCCCCGGGGACCCCCCGCUGCCCUCUGGGGUCGCCUAAGCCUCCACCUGUACGGGCUGGGGGGCCUGCGGCCGGCCCCCGGAGCCACCCCCAGAGACCUCUGCUGCCUGCUGCAAGUGGAUGGGGUGGCCCAGGCCAGAACUGGGCCGCUCCGAGCAGGACCCGACUUCCUGAGGCUGGACCACACCUUCCACCUGGAGCUGGAGGCUGCCAGGCUGCUGCGGGCCCUGGUGCUGGCCUGGGACCCGGGCGUGAGGCGGCACCGGCCCUGCGCACAGGGCACGGUGCUGCUGCCCUCCGUUUUCCGAGGAUGCCAGGCCCAGCAACUGGCAGUCCGCCUGGAGCCCCAGGGUCUGCUCUAUGCCAAGCUGACCCUGUCGGAGCGGCAGGAAGCACCGGCCACACCCGAGCCCCGCGUCUUCGGACUUCCCCUGCACCUGCUGGUGGAUCGCGAACGUUCCCCGGGCCAGGUGCCUGUCAUCAUCCGCAAAUGCGUUGGACAGAUUGAGCACAGAGGACUGCGGGUGGUGGGACUGUAUCGGCUGUGUGGCUCGGCAGCUGUGAAGAAAGAGCUGAGGGACGCCUUUGAGAGGGACAGCAGCGCCGUCUCUCUCUCUGAGGACGCGUACCCUGACAUCAACGUCAUCACGGGCAUCCUUAAGGAUUACCUACGAGAGUUACCCACGCCUCUCAUCACCCAGCCGCUGUACCAAGUGGUGCUGGAAGCCAUGGCUCAAGGACACUCAGGAAGGGCUUCCCUGGGUCCUGAGGGCACCCGAGGGCUCCUCAGCUGCCUGCCCGAUGUGGAGAGGGCCACGCUGACGCUGCUCCUGGACCACCUGCGCCUCGUCUCCGCCUUCCACGCGCACAACCGCAUGACCCCGCAGAACCUGGCCGUGUGCUUCGGGCCGGUGCUGCUGCCCGCACGCCAGGCGCUCGCCCUGGCCAGGCCGCGCGCUCGGGGCUCCGGGGCCGGCGUCAGCGGCGCCGUGGACUUCAAACGCCACAUCGAGGUGCUGCACUACCUGCUCCAGUCCUGGCCAGACACCCGCAGGCCCCCGGAGCCUCAGAACACGACUCCACACUUGCGGCCCGAAGAACAGGCGCCGCUGGCGGGGCCCGGGGUGGUGACCCGGCCACGAGGCCGCAGAGGCCCGGAGAGCCCUCCAAGCAAUCGCUACGCAGGCGACUGGAGCAUCUGCGGGCGAGACUUCCUCUCUGGGGCGGACUACGACCACGUGACAGGCAGCGACAGCGAUUUGGAGGAGGAGGAGGACGAGGAGGAGGAGGAGGAGGAGGAGAUGGCAGGGCCGGGCGGCAGUGCCGACUUCGAAGACGAAUUCGACGCGCCCUUCAACCCUCACCUGAACCUCAAAGACUUUGAUGCCCUCAUCCUGGACCUGGAGAGAGAACUCUCCAAGCAGAUCAACGUGUGCCUCUGAGCCCCCCCCCCGCCCCCAGCACCCACCCGGCAGUGGGGUGCGAGCCUGGCUAUGAAGGACUUGAUUCCUGGUCGUCAAGGACCAGGGUCGGGAUUGCUAAAGCAGUGUCCGUGGUCCCGGCUGACCUGACCUGUUGCUCAGGCCGAGCUCCUGGUUGUUGCUCGGGAGUUGCUAAGGGACCAGCCUCCAGUGCGCACCUGGCAUCAUUCCGUAUCUAGGGCCUGGGCACUAGUUGCAAAGGCCUGGCAUGGUGGGGUUUUAAGAACUUUUGUGGGGCAUCUUUCCUGAGCAUCAGGGCUUCUCAACUGCCAAGGGAAAAAAAAAAAAAAGGCAGGUUUCCUGCUUGGGAGAUUGGCCUCUUACCUCCCUUUGGAGGGAGGAACUCCAGUCACCAAGAGUGCCACCCUGGGGUGCUAAGACAUCCCGAGUCAGUCCUCUUGCUGCCAACCGAACCAGUAUUAGCUUUGAACAUUGCACUCUCUCUCCCCCAGCAUCCCCUUGGAGGAUCUAAAGUCUACCACGAGCCGGCUGUUUGAGGAGAGCAGCCCCAAAUCUGAGCUCCGUCUAGGAGGGCAACCUGGGGUUCCCUCUCCUCCCUCUUCCGGGGCAGGCUCCAUAGUCAGUCCCAAUCAGCACAGGGGAGUAUCUCCCUCCCUUUCCCAGCCGCUGCCCCCCACCCCUGAAAAUUCUGAGCACUUAACCCCUUCCUUUUUGGGGGGGGGAGACCCUGCCUGUAGCAUCAGGCUGGGGGCACUUUGGUACGGAAAGUAUUUAUUGUCUCCAUGCACGGGUGUGUGUGUGUGUGGGUGGGUGGGUGCGUGUGUGUGCACGUGUGUGUGUGUGUGUGAAGACUCCGACGUGCAUGGCCCGUCUGGGGUGGACACGUGGGACUCUCAGGACCACAGAGUGGGGCAGGACUCGCCAGGCCGAGGCCCCCUGAAAUCCACAGUAAUCAAGUGGGACCUCCUCUCUCUCACCUCUGUCUUUGUGGACAAUAAAUCGGUAUAUGCA